CGUGCGACAUCUGUGAGUUCUGAGCGGUUUUGAGGGACGAGUUGAUAUUCUUUAGUUAAAUUAGUAUUCAAAUGAUUUUAUCAUUUGUAGUUUUGUUAUAUUUUUCCUAAUUCGAAAAAAAUUGAGCCAUAAAACAAGCUAUGUCGAGUCGUGCCCAACUUUUUGUUGGUCGGUUGCCCAUUGACAUACGUGAGCGAGAUGUGGAACAAGUAUUUGAAAAAUAUGGACGGUUACUUCGAUGUGAUGUGAAAUAUGGAAUGUAUGGAUCAACUGGAAGAAGAAGUUCUGGAAGAACAGGAAUGGCAUACGCUUUUGUUGAUUAUGAUGAUAGAAGAGAUGCAGAAGAUGCUAUAAAAUAUGAAAAUGGUAGAGAAAUAAGAGGACAGAGCAUCGUUGUGGAAUGGGCUCGCGGGCCAUCAUAUCGCUCUGGCGGAGGCGGGAGAGAAAAUUAUGGUAGACCUGCUAGACAAAAUAGCGAAGAAUGCUAUCGUUGUAGACGCACUGGUCACUGGGCUCGUGACUGUCCAGAGCUGGAGAGGGACAGAUAUUAUCCUCGAGCCAGACAACGCUCUAGAUCCAGGUCUCGUUCUCGAUCUUAUCGGAAGAGGAGAAGUCCCAGUCAUAGCCGUUCAAGGAGUGGAGAUCGUCGUCGCAGGAGUGACUCGGGCUAUCGUCAGAAAAGUCGAAGCGUCAGCAGAGACAAGAGAGUGAAACAACGUUCUCCCAGCGCCUCAGUCUCACCAGCGAGAUCUCCUUCACGUUCACGAUCAAGGUCCCAUGGCAAAAGCCGUAGAAAGGCAGAGAAAUCUGCAAAGAAGUCAAAGCGUGUUCCCAGCAAAUCUCCCACAAGGAGUCGUAGUAUCAGCAAAAGCGUAAGUCGUUCGCCUCCCAUGAAAAGGAAAGUGAAAAGCCUAUCUGGAAGCCCAGAAAAUGAUUAUGUUGAUAAGCAUAACAGUGUUGGUCACUAUGAGAAAAAUAGAAGCAUAAGCCCAAGUCCUCGUAAGGAAAGUUUUCGGAGUGACAACUAUCGCAGCAUCAGCAGAAGCAAAUCUAGAUGAAAUUGCUGAGUUCAGAGGGGGUUCUUUGAUGUCAUAAAGCCAUGUGGCAUUUUAAGUUUUCAUUUUCAUGUAUUACUACUAUAUAGUGAAGAAUCUUUUCAACUUUCUUCUGUAGUAAAUGUCAAGCUUUCUUAAGCACUCAUUGUAGUUCUGUAGAAGUUCAUCUGUUAUAUGUGUUUCAAAUAAAAUCAUCCAACUUAA